AUGGCGCCCCUACCAACCUUAUCGACGGUCGUGGCGUGGCUCGCCGCCUCGUCCAUGUACAUUUCCUCGGCGAACGCAAGCGAUGACGCCGACGCAAGCCAUUUCGAUAUCCAGAGCCGCGACUCGGCUCUUGAUACCCCUUCGUACAAGGUCCUCAACCCGCAAGUCGACCAGCCCGUCGCCGGCUCCUACAUUGCUGUCUAUAAGACCAGCGUCUCCGACACCGCCGUCAAGGCCCACCAGGCCGAGGUGGCCACCUCGCUUGCGCGGAGGAAUCUGCAGCGCCGGCAGCUCGUCCUCAAGUCGCGCGCCGAGAGCGAGGCGGAUCGGGCGGAUGGCUCGCCGAUCCGCCUGCCUGAUUUUGCCCACGAAGAGGCCCGCUUCGCCGCCAUCCAGAUCCCCGGGUUCCGCGCCAUAACCCUGGACAGUGCCGACGACGCGACCAUGAAGGAGAUUUACGAUGCGCCGGAGAUUCAGUACCUCGAGCAGAACUGCGUGGUGCGCGCCACCGAGUCGGCCACGGAGAUCAACGCGCAGCCCGGUCUGUCGCGCAUCAGCCACGCACAGGUCGACCCGGGCUCAGGCUAUGUCUACGACAACUCGGCCGGCUACGGCACAACGGUGUACGUGUCCGACACGGGCAUCCAGCUCAACCACACCGACUUCCAGGGCCGCGCCAUCUGGGGCACGAAUGUCCUGAACGAUGUCAUUGGCGACGACCACGGCCACGGCACGCACGCCGCCGGCAUCAUCGGCGGGCGCACGUUUGGCGUCGCCAAGAACUGCGAGCUGGUCGCCGUCAAGACGCUGGACAGCACGGGCCACGCCACCAUGAACGACGUCGUGAAGGGCUUCAACUGGAUCGUCGCCAACGUCACGGGCCGGGGCAUUGCCGGGCGCGCCGUCGUCACCGUGCCCAUCACCGGCGGCCGGCUCCAGGCGGCCAACGAUGCCGUCACGGCCGUCGUCAACGCAGGUAUUGUCGUGGUGUCGGCCGCCGGCAACAACGGCGACAACAGCACUGCCACAAUCUCGCCUGCCUCGGCCGUCGAUUCCAUCACCGUCAGCGCCAUCAACCAGACGACCGACGAGCGCGUCGAGUGGGCCAACUACGGGCCCGAGGUGACCAUCUUCGCGGCCGGUAUCGACGUCCUGUCCACCUUCAUUGGCCCCACAACGACGGAACUGGGCAUCAUGUCCGGGACGAGCGUGUCCGUGUCACACGUGGCCGGGCUGGCGGCGUACCUGAUUAAGUACGAGGAGAUUUACAGCCCGCGCGCAUUGAAGAAGCGCAUCAUUGAGCUGGGGUCGUUGACGGGUGCGAGGGUGUGGAACAAUGGACCAAACACGACAUUCUGGAUUGCCAACAACGGCAAUCUAUAA